GACGCGUUUCAUAAUCAUAGCAAGAAGUAUUCCAUUUUCCAAGAAUCGCGGAAUCUAGAUUGUUGUCUCGCUGGAUUUGGCACACCCACACAGGAGCCCUGUUGAAUGUUGGCCUUUGAGUUUUUUUAAUGUGAUAAAUAGAUUGUUUGGGGAGCGAGUAUUUUUUGAGACUCAAAGCUAGGCUAAUCUUAGUGGGUAAAAAUAUCACGAUAAUAUUUAACAUAGUUUUUUGUUUUGUUUUUCAUCCAAGUACGUUUCUGUCGAUGUUCGAUUGUUCUUGUUCAACUUCAAGCUAUGUUGUACAGUUGUUUGAUAUGAUUUCUUCAAAUUCUCUGUUCUUGUUGUAUAGAUAAGGUCUCGCUUUGGCUUUGAAAUUGAGUCAUGAGAAUCAGUCACCUACAGACCACUGUCAUACAAGAGAGAAGUUUCUGCAUGAUUCAUUUUCUUGAGAAUAACUUUUACUUUGAAUUGCACGAUGGAGUUCUCUGUUGAUCAGCUUUUUGCCGAUGGAUUAAGGUUACAUGGUCCUGCGGCAAGCGGGCGCUCGCCUCUAAGGGUCUCCGUAGCGGCUGAAGAUGGCGUGGAUGGGGAACAAACAGCCGAAGAAUCGUCUCCGAGUGUUGUGGCCCUCACGGUUAGCGAGCUCUGGGAGCUCAGUGAGGACCUUUGGAAGCAGGGACGGGGUGCGCGUGGUGGAUGGCACUGCAGCGACUCGUCUGAGGUCCACAUGCUGUACGCAAACGCAGACUUUCUCAAUUCUCACCCGGACAACAAAGCCGGGCGAAAGUAUUGCGCAGAGGAUCUCGGGCCAGCUAUGGGAGGUCCACUUGGAAAUGUUUCCGCAAGCGCCAUCAAGCGUGCAAUUUACAAAAAGAUAAGUGGGCCUGCUUUGCACCUUUCUGGAAUACCGUCAUUUAGAUUUUUGGAUUUGGUCAGCAGUGAAUACGGAAUCCUUCCCGAAAAUGCAGACGUGUUUGGCUUUUUUGGUCAUGGCCCAGGUCAGGGGGCGAGCUGUCCUGACUUUGUUCUUACUCGUCUGCGCUUGUUUUUUCCUGACGCGGAAGAUCCCGGAAAGCGAUUUUGCGACGUGAAUUGCGGUGGCCAUGAGUGGUUUCUUCGUCCCCGUUACGAGAUGCUUCAGAGGUUUUGUGAAAGCCUUGAUAUUAUCGAUACGAGUGAUCGCAGUGCCAAUAAAAAAACGGUGGAGGAUGGAGCGACACGAGAAGCAGCCAAGCAUGCAGAUAUUAUUUGCUUGCGGAAUAUAUGCGUGCAGGCCGUAGGAGGGGGGGGACGCUUUGCCCGCGCUCUUGAGGCUCCCGAUGCGCCUUCACGUGGUUUCAAACGCGGGGGAGAAGGCGUUUUGGAUUCUGCGCAAGCUGCGAUAUGGUAUAUUUCUUUACUUCGCGACACACGCUCAAGGCGUGUCGCGGUUAGAUAGUCUAGGUAAUGUUCCGCUGGCCGGGACUAUUUGUGCGCCCUAGGCAUUCUUGGCUUACGUGUCCAGACUUGUCCCUUAAAUAGGUUUCUGCGUUUAGUGUCUACGCUAUGCUCCUGAACCCUUUUUGCCUCUGCUGAGCGUAAUUCGAAACAGACGCCUGAGGCCUGGCUCAAGCAAGUAGCCUUGCGUCGUGCUUUUUUUGCAACCUGCUUCUUACUACCAAUCUUCAUCUUGAUCUUCCGCAACGGUAUAGUACAAGCAUCAUUGUGAUUUUUGAAUCUUAUACUGUGAGCCUGAACCUCAAUAGAUGCGCACAUUUUGUUGUGACCACUAUCGCUUUACUGCGUCUACUGUCUUUUCAACGGCGUACCUCUCCUGAUGCUUUUGCCUCGAUAUUCCGCUGUCCAUGAAAUGGCAUCCCAGAGAGGGAAAAAAUAAUGCUGGAAGACGUGAUUGGUCAAAUAAGUGCUCUCCAAGCAUGAUCUGUGCCUAAGCACGUGAGCCGUGCCCCUCUGCAAGUGCGCUUGGUCAAAUUCAUGGAGGUCGGUCGCACUUCAGUUUCAAGAUAAUAUUGUUGCGCAGAGGACUAAUCAUGAUAAUAUUGUUGACAGCAUCUGGCGCGUACGCGUUUCAAAUUUUUCAGGUCGGAAAUUGAAAGUGGGCGAGCCAGAUUGUGGCGCAAUCCUUGGACAAAUUACUCGAGGUGCACUGAUGGCCGGCUAUUUUCAGACGAGCAGUGGACGUGGGUAUUAUUUGCUGAAGAGCUGGCUCGUCGUGUGUAUACCUGCGAUGCAGCACAGGGAAAGUUUAAAACGGCUGGUCGUGUUGCGGUGCUUGGGGACGUUGCUCGCUACAUUGCUGCGAGGCACGGAAAAGCGAUGUCGACACCACGGAAAGCGGGCAACAAUUCUGCAUUCUCGGUUUCCGCAGCUUCUAGUAGUUUAUCGAUUACAUUGGAGGGAACGCGUGUGCCGCUGUUGAAGAUGCUUCUUCUUUUUGCGCGAAGAGACUAUAGUGCUGCGGCUGACUAUGCGGCUGUUCUUCAUGAGUUUCCCUGGGAUUUUGGAGCGACCAUUGACGGAGAUGCAAAGGGUCGCUCGGUGUUUGCUGAUCUCGCAGUGGAUUGUGACGCCGCGCAUGCGGGUAAAAUCGUCUCUGACAUUCUUGCCGUCCGUUUUGAUGCUGAGAAACACUUACCGGGUUAUCGAGGGAAAGCAGAAAUUCGACUUCAUCAGCCGGGACACUUCGCUGAUGACAAGCCUACCAGAAUACCGUUUUCAGAGUUCACUAGGAGCAGCACAAAAAAGGACGUUCCACAAGCUGAUGAAGAGUGCUUGCGGGUGGACGUUUCUUGGGCAUGCGACCCCAGCCGAGUACGCGAGUUAGCCAGCAAAACUGAUCUGGCUGGGCUUUCUGCUGUGGAAAUUGCGGUACUGCACCGCAAUAUCUAUGCGCUUCAGUGGUUGCUGGGAUCACAGCAUCAUAAGAGUAGGGUAUCUCCGCCCCUUGUAGAGGUCGCAGAGCUACAGAAAAAGAUUGGCGACGGCUUGUCACGCGAAAGAAGAAAGCCGGAUCUUAGCGACAAGGGAAAACAAGCUUCAUCUGCAGAACAACAACAACAUCAGUGUCGUGAGUUUACGUCUGAUGUCGCGACCACGACUCUUGCGCACUGGUCAUACGUUCAGUCUCUGACGGCUUUUCAACUCGCUUGUCACGUAGGAGAGCACAAUGCUGUAUCAGCCUUUUUUAGCAGUUGCUACAAUCGCAGCUUUGAUAUGCCUGGAGGAGGCGGGUCCUUUGGUCAUCCAAUGGUAUUGAGAUCAGCCGAGGGUCAGGGGCAGCUUACGGGCUUCUCCAAGAGCGUCUUGCUGCAGCAGCGGGACAGUUUUGGUCGAUCUCCUUUGCACUUGGCAUGCUGUGUGGCUCAUGGUCGGGGAAAUGAAACCGCGAGUGAAAUUUUAGCAGCAGAAAUGGAGCCAGGAGAGGUUGACGCACUCGACUCGUUUGGAAGAUCCGCACUUAUGUACGUAGCUAGAAAUGGCAUUACGGAAACUUUUUGCGCGAUGCUCAGGCGCUGUCCGUCGGUUGAUAUCAAUCAAAAAGAUCCGGCGACUGGAAACACUCCGUUUUUAUUGCUCUUGCACGGACGCAACGCGCGGCCACUCUGGAAUGAAGAAGUGGACAAAAUGGAUGAAGCUCUUUAUGCGCACUUCUGGGGCCCAGAAUUAUGGAAGGACCCUAACAGUCGGCGUCAUGCAUUUGAUGAUCCCGUAUCCGAGCAGCAGUUUUACGACCCCACCGCUGAAUCCACAGAUUGUUGCUAUGUCACUGCCGUUCAGUUGAUUUGGCACCUUCUUCAAAAGCACGGCGUUGACUUAGCUGCGAAAAACAAUAAAGGCGAAGACUGGCUUGCGGUCGCGUCCAAAAACCUCAGUGAAGAUUAUGUGCGCGCAUUCGAAAAGGCUAUCGAGGGGAAUUCUUUUUCUUCAGAUGAGGACUCGGAGGAUGAUUCAUCUUCGUACAUUUCCUCCUAGCACUUUAGUCCUGAGGAUAGAUCAUAGCUAGGGUUUAGUCAUGAGGAUAGAUUUUUUAUAUUCAUAGAAAACAAAGGUACGUAGAUGUAGAAGAAGUUGAUGCUGGAUCUAUACAUAGACAACAAGGAGUACAUUGAAGAUGAUUCCCACGGUUUCUUUUCCCUUUAGCCAAUGCGAAAGUAAUCAGCACUGACUUGUUUGCUAGAAAAGCUUACAUAGUGAUAGUGUAUGAUGAUUCUGUCCACGACCCCAGAAAUCAAUGGGUACAUCAAAAACCGUAGUGACCCACCGUUACGCUGCUUGAGGUUUUUCCUUGCUUUUAUUGAUUCCGAAGCAAAUUCAAG